CGGCGCGCACCGGAGGACAGCGGCAGGGCUGGGUGGUGGUGGUGGAGGUGGUGGAAGAGAGAGAGAGAGAAAAGGAGACGCGCGGUUCCGGUUCGGUUCGGACAGAUGUCUCAGCCACGGAAACGGAAAUGGUUUCCGGAUCCAGCUCGAGGACAGCGCGAGGAAGAGGAGAGGGAGACUGCGUGCGCGACCGGCGCUCCUCCGGUGCGCGUGCGGACGGCGCGAGAGCGGGCGCGUGCCUGCGGAGAAGCGGCGGUGGAGGCGCGCGCGUGGGAGUAGGCACGCUCGCCGGGCUCGCGGUGCUGCUCGUGAUGCACGGCGCUCGCGCUCAACCCGAUGAAACAAACUAUGAAGCAUCUGGAUCAUCGGCCUCAUCUCCAGACCAAGCAACCCUGUCCACUUCUUCUCUAAAGCCAUCUGGUUUGCUCAUGGUUGAUGAGAAUCCCGCGCCUGUUAUUCGUUCUGACUCAACAAGUCGACAAAGGGACAUGAGCGAGAUGUCGCUAUCGAGCACAGUUGAGAAACCACGGAUCACUCUUCAUUUAGGCUCCACUGUGGAGAGUCCUGCUCAUUCAUCUGCAGAAGGUCCUAUUAAGAGAGCGGAGCCAUCUUUUAUGAUCCCUUCCACGGCUGUGGUGCACAUUAGAAACCAGUCCUCUACUUCAGAGAAGUCUACGCUGGACCAGGUGAUGUCUGCGCUUCCAUCCUUUGUCCUAACAUCUCAAGACUCCAGGCUUCAUGCAAAAGGAAAUGACUCUGGUUCCCCUUCAUCUCAAAUGAUAAGUCCUACAUUAACCAACAAAAAUGGAAACACCUCAGUCCAUUUAGAACUACUUACCCAGGAAUUACCAGUUGGCGAUUUCCCUCAACUCACCACAAUCACCACCACUACUGCCUCAACGACGACCACAACCACACAACAGACCAGCACAAGUCAGUUAACUAGCACCGCUGGGAGUACCACUUCAUCAACAACCACAACUACGGUAAAGUCUCCCAAAACUAUAGCACCCACUGUGUCCCCUAAAUGGCCCACCACCACCCCACGUCUCAGGACAAGUCUACCGAGAACUACAACCACUACUCAAAGUUCUCCAGUCAGCUGUAACAUAACCGACAGGAUGUGGGUUAAAACAGUUCUAAACGUCCACAUCCGGAGAACCCGGCUGGACAACAUUUUAAAACAGAACCUCCUGAAAGGCCUGACCCUUGCACUGGCGAAGGCUCUGAAUGACAGCAGUGUCCGUGCACAGAUUGAAAGCCUGUCUACGGUGCCCAAUGUGACCGUGGGUUAUUAUGUAACCCGUGGCGAUCUGGUCUAUACCACGUCCGUCGUGGUGGAGGCUCUGAUCUCCUACGGGCUGGACAGGCUGAUGGCAGAUAUCCGACAGUUUGUGCCCAUGGUGCAGGCGGUGCCAAUCCCGGCAACCCCCUGGAGGUCUACUCCUGCUAUUUCACUCAUGCUGAAGACAGUUUUGAGAUUUGUAGGAGUGGGAGAUGAUCUGAGGUCCUGCAGCUUUGCUCAGUUGAUGGAGAAGAGACUAGAGAAUGCUUUUGCUGAGGCUGAGGCUAAAGUUCUGAACUCUUACAGCACACUCAGUGUGGAGAUCCUGAGUGUGUCUCAGUCGUCCGGUUCUCCUGCAGUGUCCCUGAUAUAUGUGGUGCGUAACAGAACCGUGACCCUGAACGGCACCGUGGCCAGUAACCUGCUCAGCCGCCUGACUGCUGAGCUGGUGGGCUACUUCCUGUUUUACCCUCCGCUCAUCACGGCAGAGCCUUUGGAGUAUCACAACCUCAACACUUCAGUGGCUACCAAGGAAUUCUGGGUAAUCACAGUGAUUCAGGAUGUGGAGAACUCGUCUCUGGCGGGUCAGUACCAGAGCUUCGCCAGUCUGAUGGAGGAACACUUGGCGGAGCUCUUCAUGGUAGCACACCAGCAUGGUGCACGGUUUAAACGGGCCACCACGGUCGGCAGUUACACUGUUCAGAUGGUUGGCAUGAGGCGAGUGGUAGGCCCAAAGAACCCUGCUGAACUUACCUACUACGUGCAGUUGAAUGGAACGCCCCUCCCUGGUACAACUGCAGCUAAAAUCCUGAACACUGUGGACUCUCAGACCAUGGCGCUGACACUGGGAUAUUUUGUCCAGCUCCAAGCUGAAGCUGUGGUGAAGGGCCCUUCCAACAACCUCUGGAUCAUUGCUUCUGUUUUGGCUCCGAUCGGCAUCGUCACCAUCAUCAUCAUCAUCAUCACUGCUGUUCUUUGCCACAAAAACAAGAGCGACUUGAAAACCGACGGGAUUGGCAACCUAAAUCCACGGGUCAAGACGAGUUAUCGGAGAGACAUGAGUUACUAUCACCAGCCGGUUCAGGGGUUCGAUUACGCCAAGCAGCAUUUGGGUCAGCUCGGCGCCGAUGAGGACAGCGCCCCCCUCCCGCAGGCUCCGCUGCCGAUCCGGGACGCCUCUCUCUCCCUCGACAAGGUCAUCCAUUCGGACGGCACCAACUCCAAAAAAAUCCUCGGGGGUGAAAUCCGGAAAAGCAGCAGGUUGCCGAGCGAGGACGGUUCUGUGGGCAGCGUCGAAGCGGCGAGACUGGUCUCAGUACGAGGCUCCGCGGCGAAGAAAAUCACAACACAGCAAAGUCUCCGGAAGGAGGAAAGCAAGAAGAGGACUGAUCCCUAUGACACCUCGUCAGGAUCUCUACAGCUCCUCUCUGUAAAACCCAUAGCAGCUCCGCCGGCGUACUCACAACCAGCUUCUUCUGACCGCAGUCAAGAUUCGGCCGUCUUGAACGGCGAGGUGAAUAUGGCUCUGAAGCAGAAGUCAGACAUCGAGCAUUACAGGAACAAGCUGAGGCUGAAAGCGAAGAGGAAAGGCUACUACGACAUCCCAUCGGCCGAGGGCAACGCCACCUCCAAGUCUCAGAGGCAAGAAAGCGACGACGCUGAACACACCCCGGCUACCCGACCGUCCAGCAGGACGCCGGAGUACGACGACGAACGGAGCUCCACGUACGUCAAAUCUCGCAGAAGACACUCUGAGGUGAAAUACCCAGCGUAUCGGAGCAGACAGUCGUUAAACAGCCCGAGUCCCGGAGGAACCGAGAUGGACCUGCUGGUGAUGAGAGAGCGGCCCAGGAAAGGCAUCCGCAACAGCGGCUACGACACGGAGCCCGAGAUCAUCGAGGAAACCAAUGUGGAUAGCCUGGCUGCUCGUCGUCAGUUCGGCUACGGGAAGCGGGUCAAAGGUCAGUCUGAAACGUCCACACUGAGUUCGCAGCCCUCUAUCGAUGAAGUGCGUCAGCAGAUGCACCUGCUGUUAGAGGAAGCCUUCAGCCUGGCUUCUGCAGGUCACACCUCAUCCAGCAGAAGGAACCCCUACCACCAGCAGCACCAAGCGAUCAGCCCUUACAGCCCCGGGCCUUCGAUUCCCUACCCCGAGGAGGCAACUAGCGCACCUGACACCAUGAACCACGCCCAACGAGGACUGCAGUGGGUACCAGCCUAUGGCCAUGACCUCUAUCAGUGCAGCCUGGGCAAACCGACCUUCAGGUUCACUCAGCUCCCGGAGAUGGUCACGGACUCUCCUCCUCCUCCGGUUCCUCCCAGAACAGGUCCAGCACCCAGGAGCUCCUUACAGAGGUCUACUUCGGAUCUCGGCCCAAAAGCUCACGGCUCUGAAUCGUCGGUGCCAGACAUGCAGCAGAGUCAGCAGGACAGCAGCACGUACGUGCCAGUCAGCAGGGCACCACUCCCACCUGUCACCACUGAGCCUGUACCCAACCACUCAGGAAACCCGAUGACUGCUGUGUACGCCAUCCCCACCAGCAGGCCAGGCUACCCCGGCUACUUCAUCUCCACGCCUCCUUCAUCCUAUCACAGUCCUUCGUGGAUGUCGUAUCCCCCAGAGCCCGAGGACGUGUCCUCGCCGUGGACUGAAUCUGUUCCGUUGCCAGGUUACGCAGAAGCUUUCCCGAACCCGCGUUACCCUCGAGGAAGUCCUUUCCCGUGGAACCCCAGCCAGGCGGUAUCCCAUCCUCAGGCGGAACCGGAUCAGUCGUUCUCUCUGUCCAACGAACACGUUGACGUCAUCACUCCCAUCACGCUCUCCACCUCGGCUCUGGUCCAGGCCAUCCGUGAUGAGGUCGCCAAGCUGGCCAAAAAGCAAGCGGACAUGUUCGAGUUCCAGGUCUAGAGCUCCCCCUGCAGGACUGGAAGACAAACUGCACUAUCAAGCUUAGGGGCGCUGACGUUUGGUUCCAGCCAGGCGACUGAACUUCACUGGAAACUUCCAUUCCAUAGAGAAACUUAAAGGUGUAUGUGUUUUAUGAAAAGCCUGCCUGUUUAUAGAGCUUUGUCUCCUUUAAUACAAGUACACCGGCAUUAUAUUUUAGCAUCAAGUAAAGCUUUUGGAUAAAAGACAAUAUCGAAUCCAUUGCUACUUUCCUAUCUAAUUCUAAUUUCAAACAAACAGGAAUGAUGAAUGAUGAUGGUUAUGAAAAAAAAAUCAUGAACAUUAAAAUUGUUUUGUUUCUGCCAUGAACACCUUGGCUGAUCCAUAACUGCACACUCAGGUGUGACACAUGUGAUGAAGAAGAGCUACUGUUACAAUUAUAAUGUUGAUUAGUUUCCUAUAACAGCAUGUUUUUUAUUCCUUACAUUUGACAACAAUUUUACAAUUUCCCUACGUAAUAAAAAAAGAGUAAACAGAUUUAUUCCUAACAUCACGUCUUUAGCACUGACACUGGAGACUCCUUCCAUAAAUGUUAAAUAAACAUCUCCUUACAAAAACACUUUACCAUAUCAACACUAUCCAUCGUAAUCGUCAGAUGUUUCUAUAGAAAUGAUAAUGUAUCAGGAUGAGCACAUUAAUAUAUCAGAGCUGCUCUUACAGAAAACUAAUCAACACCUUCUGACCAAUCAGAAUCCAGGAUUCAGCAGCGUAUGGAUGUGUAAAUGUAGACUGUACAGUAUAUGAUGGUCAUCUUGCAGAGUUAUGCAACAGUUUGUGUUAAAUAUUUUAUACAUAUACAGUAAUAUUUAAAAUUCAUAAUCACACGCUACAUGUUUACGUUCUUUCAUCUUUUGCACUAUUUCAUUUCUCAAUCACAAGUUCACCUUUUACAUACAAACCCAAUUUUAAGGAUAAUAAAUAGCAUAAAGCUAAAGUUGCUGUUUCUUCUUUAGUUUUUAUUUUCUGUGGUUUUUGAUCUCUUUAUUAUUUCCCCCCCACAAUUUGGAAACAGGAAAUCAGUCAUAAAUGAGGUGUGUAAUUAUAUUUUUUGUUUUUCUCCAGGCCUCAAACAGUCAUCUAGCCUAAGAUGGCUGUCCUCUUUUAAUUUUAUUUUCUUCCAUUUAUUUUGAGCGCUGAUCCGUUAAUGUGCAUUUAUCCGUUUAUUCGUUUUUCCAUUUUCAUUAAGUUUAAAGAGCUUCAGUGCCAAAACAUGCAACUCGAAGCCAUUGUACCUUUACCUCUUGUAUCGACUGAAACAGACAUUUUUCAUUUUUUUGUUUUGUUUUACAUAAAUAAGAUUUGAUUAAAUGCAAUGACGGAGCAUUUGUGCAAUGUAGAUGGGAAUAAGAAAUAAAACAUUUUGAU